AGACCAAUAUUAGAAUACGCAGAUAUAGUUUGCGAUAACUGUACAAAAAAUGAAUCUGAUUUACUUGAAUCUGUUCAAUUAGAAGCCUUAAGGAUCAUAACAGGUUUAAGAAAAGGCACAUCUCACCACAUACUCUACUCAUAAGUACACAUAAUCACAAACUUACACCCAUGUAUCAAUCUUCAAGUUAUAUUAUAUGGUGUCAGUGACUUGGCAACAGAUUUAAAUAGAAUCAUACUCUCCAACACAAGUUCUUAUCUGAAAAAAGUAAACGCUUUAAAAAUUAUAAGUAAUAAUUAUGUAUAUAUACUCAUUUGUUAAUAUGAAAGUUCUAACAAUUGAAAAUACAUCAUGAGUACAUAGUAGUAUGAGAGUGAGUGAGAAUGUGUUUUCUUUGUUUAUAUAUAUCAAUUAUUAACUUCUAAUAUUUUCCUACUUCAUACUAAUUUUGUAUAAUACUCAUAUGUUCAUUAAACUGGAAAUCUAUAGGAAAGGACUAAUAUAGGCUGAGCCUGUUGAUAUUCUAUGUAAAAAAAACAACCAUGUAUGUUAUUAUACUUGUUGUGUUGACAAUAAAAUAUUUCGAAAAGUGCCAGAGGACAUACCAAAAAAAUAUUCCCUAGACUAUCCACAAAUACGCUUAAAACAAACUACUUUUCAAACAAAACAGUGUCAAUCUGGAACGAAUUGCCCGAACAUGUUAUAUCAGCAUUAAAUGUAAACUCCUUCAAAAAUAAGCUAGACGAUCACUGGAAAAAACAAGAACUUGUCUUUAACUACAAAGCAUAAAAAUAAAAACAAUGUACACUAGACCGGACAGAAAUACUGUAUCAAUCUGCAUUAUGUAUUAUUUUGAGUCUGGUAUAGAGAACUUAAAAAGUCCUUAACCAGAAAUAAACUUAACUAACUUAACUUAAAUGAUAACCAGGCGCAGAUCCAGGGGAGGGGUCCAGUAAUUUAGUGAUAAUGUGUGUGUGUGUGUCCAUACAACAGGACUCUCAGUACUUUGAUUCUAGUACCUCUUCUUUGUUUACUUUCGUUUUCUAACGCAUGCGCAGGAAAAACAUCCGUUUGCAGCUUUGUUUACUGUUUACCGAAGAGUUUGUUCCCAAAAAUUAGAAAAGGAGGUGUGGACUGGACACUGGUGGCCACGUUAUAUAUUAGACUAAUUACAAUCUUUUGAGCAGUGACCUCACUGUUAGAAUUUUGGGAGCAACAUUAAGAAGGGGGAAUUUGUAUAAAACAACAGGAUGAAUGUGUUGCUCAUACUGCUUGUGUACUUUUAACAUCUGGAUCUGAUCUGCUGACAUCAUAUGCCAAUUGUUCCAAAUGGAUCUAGAGCCCAAGACUACCUCUGCUCCUGUAGAUUUCAGUAACAACUUUAGCGGAGUACCCAACACUCCUCCCAUACUGAACAAGGGUCACCAGCCACCACUCUUUUCCAUUGGUGUUGAUACUUCUCAGAGACCAACUUCUACUGAGAGCAACAAAUCAUCUGGCCCCUCAUCAACAAACUUACAAGAUGUUGGAGGUGCACAUCUCACAGUGGAAAAGAAAGGCGGUAUGAAUCGGUCAGCAUCGUCUCCAGCACUAUCACAGUUCCUCAGUUUAGUACCAGGGUCAAAGGCCAUCAGUAAGGUCAACGUCCAGGUCAAUGUUUCAGGGUAUCCUGUAGGCGAAGCGAAGUCUUAUGAUGACAGCAGUAUUGUCAACCCACCAGUCAAAAUACACAGUGCAGGUAGUGCAGCAUCAGUAUUAACCAAAGAACCCCUGACAAAACAUGUCCGAAAAGAAAUGCAGUCAUUAUAUUGUGGAGGAGCUGUGAACAAGUAUGGAAGCUUGUUCCGUAAACCAGGCUUAGAUCACAAAGUUGUAGCUCCCAAAUCAGUAGGAUCAGCCCCAGCAAUGGCACCGUUACCAACUUUCCAAGAGCAGGAAGAAAGCAAAACAACAGACAAUUCCAUCGGGCAAAGAUUCAAGAAGUGGAUAACAACAUCACCUGUCAAACAAUCGGAACGGGAAAAAAAUGCCAUUUUUCCGUCAUCUUUUUAACUGAGCUCAGUCCCACACGUUAUCUGAUGAUUUAGAGAUUUAGAAGAAGAGGGGAGAGAAGGGAAAAAUAGAGAAAAGAUCAGUCUUUCAUAUAGGACUGAAAUCGAUCAUACAAUAGUGGCCACAAAGAUUCCUUCCGGAUGUCUUGUUUUGUGUUAUUACAAUAUACACAGAGACCUUUAGAGUCACAGAUCUGUGUCGGGUACCUGGGACAUUAAGAGUCACAGAUCUGUGUCGGGUACCUGGGACCUUUAGAGUCACAGAUCCGUGUCGGGUACCUGGGACCUUUAGAGUCACAGAUCUGUGUCGGGUACCUGGGACCUUUAGAGUCACAGAUCUGUGUCGGGUACCUGGGACCUUUAGAGUCACAGAUCUGUGUCGGGUACCUGGGACCUUUAGAGUCACAGAUCUGUGACGGGUACCUGGGACCUUUAGAGUCACAGAUCUGUGUCGGGUACCUGGGACCUUUAGAGUCACAGAUCUGUGUCGGGUACCUGGGACCUUUAGAGUCACAGAUCUGUGUCGGGUACCUGGGACCUUUAGAGUCACAGAUCUGUGUCGGGUACCUGGGACCUUUAGAGUCACAGAUCUGUGUCGGGUACCUGGGACCUUUAGAGUCACAGAUCUGUGUCGGGUACCUGGGACCCGUCAAUGUUUAUUUGUUAUAUCUUUAAUUCUAGUUAUUAUAUUACCAUCUUUUACGUAUCUGGUUGUAGUUUUGUACCUGUUUUGUGUCAGACAUUUCAGUCUGCAAAUUGUGUGCUAAACACAUAUGUUUACAUAUUAUGUAUGUAUACAAAUGUUGUAAGUUUGUAUAUAACUAUUUAUAUAAAUGUUUGUUAUUCAUUGUUAGUAUUUGGUACAUUUAUGUGUAAAACAAUUGUUCAAGGUUUACUAUGCAUGUAAAUAAUCUCACAGUAUUACCGGCCAGUUCUGUCUCACCGCAGUAGUGGCCCAUUUCGCCACUUUUGUAUUCAAAGUUUCAAACGUUUUAUGCAGAUUUUAUCAUGCCAGUUACUCUGUCUGUAUCUUUAUCUUUUUUGUUUCCGGAUCAGAAGAUGAUAUCAUUCCAAUACUAACAUUGUUUAAAAUUCAUUUAAAAUACAUGUAUAUGCCUGUGGGAUGUGGGAUGUGGGAUUUUAAACAGAUUUCAUCAUUCAGUGAUAUUCAGCCUCCGUCAUAAGAUAGCUUGGUUGUACAUGUUUUUGAUAGUCAAUAUUAAGUCUCACCUAAGAGAGAGCUAGGUUGUUCAUAUUAAAUGGUUGGUAUUCAGCACAUGUCACGAGACAGAUUAUACAUGUUUAUAAUGGUCGUUAUUUAACCUCUGUCACGAGACAGAUUGUACAUGUUUAUAAUGGUCGGUAUUUAACCUCUGUCACGAGACAGAUUGUACAUGUUUAUAAUGGUCGGUAUUCAGUCUCCACCAUGAGUUAGUUAGAAUAUGUUUAUGAUUAUACAUUGUAGUUAU